UUAUUAUUAUUAUUUUUAUUCCUAAACAGCCGGCAACCAACUAAUCGUCUUACCAACGCGGUCGUGCCUAGCGAGGCGGUUCAUUCAGUCGUCCGUGCUUUUGUUGUUGUUCGUCCCCCUACCCCGAUGGUCGACGUACCCGAGGCCGGUUUAGUUCGUCGCUCCGUCAUUCGUCAUUUCGUUGUAACGAACUAACUUCGUUGUUAGUCGUGAUCGGCUUGUCUAUCAGUUUGCGUUUGCGCGAGCUCGGGCGCGGUAGUCCUUUAAUUGUUUGUUCAUUAUUUAUUUUUUUCUCUUCGUAAUAUUAUCGCGUGUUUCGAAAACCAGUGACCGGGUCGUUGUUUUUACCGUGCCGUUAGUUAUACAGCAGUAUUUCGUUCGAUAUUAGAAAUUAUUCAUCUGAACAACCAUAAUAAUAAUAAUUAUUAAUCGUUGGCCGUUUAGAUUGUUAUACAUCGCGACCAUGGCUCGUUUUCCGUCCGAACACCCGCAGCCAUCGAGUUAUUGACCCAACAUAUGCUGCGCAUCCUUUACGAAAUCGGAAAUACGGGCUCCCGUCGUAGAGUGCUAUCUAAAUCUCAUUGUAUGCAACACAUGGUCUACAACGGCAACGAAAACAACUGAAACAGAUUGUCAUCAUUGUCUCUAUAUAACAGAACGGCGGUUAAAAAUGGACGCGGGUUUUAAAGAAGAUCGGCCUCCACAUCCGAGAGCUAGAGCCAAUAUUUUUGAAAUUCUCACCUUUGGGUGGACUUUAAAGCUCUUUAAAACAGGACAAAAAAGAGAUUUAGAAAUAAAUGAUUUGUAUUCAACUCUAAAUGAUCAUUCGUCGUCAUCAUUAGGAAAUGAAUUAAAAAAAAAAUGGAGAAUAGAGUUGGCUAGAGCAAAGAAGUCAAAUAGGCAGCCUAGUUUGUUAAGAGCUUUACUUCAAAUGUUUGGACCUAAGUUAAUGUUGUAUGGAUUUUUACUUUCAAUUGUUGAGAUUGUACUAAGUGUUUGCCAGCCAAUCUUCUUGGGUCGUAUAAUCGCCCAAUUUGAACCAGAUAUACCAUCAGAUCAGUCUUCUCAAUAUCUUGGAAUAUUUUAUGGAUUUUGCUUAGUGGCAUCGGCUGCAUUGAAGACUUUUGGUUUCACCGCCUACGAUAUGCUCACAACGCAUAUGGGCAUGAAGAUGCGUGUUUCUACAUGUUUUCUCAUUUAUAAUAAGGCAUUACGACUAAGUAAAACUGCUCUUGGUGAAACCACAGUUGGUCAAGUUGUAAAUUUAUUAUCAAACGAUGUUAAUCGAUUUGAUAUAGCAGUUAUUUUUCUACACUAUUUAUGGAUUGGUCCUUUAGAAACCAUUGUUGUUACAUAUUUUUUGUGGCAAGAAGUUGGGGUUUCAUCGAUAUUUGGUGUGGCUGCAUUACUUAUGUUUAUUCCAUUACAAGGUUGGUUGGGGAAAAAGACUUCUGAACUUCGACUGAAGACUGCCAUUAGAACUGAUGAAAGAGUUCGUUUGAUGAAUGAAAUAAUUUCUGGCAUUCAAGUAAUUAAAAUGUAUACUUGGGAAAAACCAUUUGCAUAUCUCGUACAAUAUGCAAGAAAGAAAGAAAUUCAACAGAUUAGAGGAUCAUCAUAUAUCAGAGGUGUUUUAUUAUCUUUCAUAGUAUUUCAUACUAGAAUUGCAUUGUUUUUUAGUAUUUUAUCAUAUGUUUUACUUGGAAACUUUAUCACAGCUCAAAAAGUUUUUGUUAUUACUUCAUACUACAAUAUAUUGCGGACAACAAUGACUGUAUUUUUCCCGCAAGGUAUUGGACAAAUAGCUGAAAUGUUAAUAUCAAUUAAAAGACUACAGAAUUUUCUUCUGUACGAAGAAAAGACUACUCAAGUGGCUAAUCGUUCAAAAGCUGACAAGGCUUCUAAUGGUGUUAGAAAACCAAUCAUUAUAAAUGAUGAGUUGUUACCCAAUAAGCUUGAUAAUCUAGAUAACUCUGAAAACAUGAGUGAUUUAGGAAUAGUUAUUUCCAAUGCUACAGCUAAGUGGACAGAUAUUCAAACUGAAAAUUCUUUAGAAAACAUCAACCUAACUGUAAGGCCUGGUCGAUUAGUUGCGGUUAUCGGUCCUGUUGGAGCUGGAAAAAGUUCAUUAAUACAAGCAAUAUUAAGAGAAUUACCUCUCUCUGAAGGAAACAUUUCUGUGCGUGGUGUUAUAUCAUAUGCAUCACAAGAUCCAUGGUUAUUUGCUGGUUCAGUUCAGCAAAAUAUUCUAUUUGGUUUGCCUAUGGACAAAGAACGUUAUAAAAAAAUUAUAAAAGUAUGUGCAUUAAAAACCGAUUUUGAACAAUUUCCUUACGGUGACAGAACAAUUGUGGGAGAAAGAGGUGUUUCUCUUAGUGGUGGACAAAGAGCAAGAAUUAAUUUAGCAAGAGCUGUUUAUAAACAAGCUGAUAUUUAUUUAUUGGAUGAUCCUCUAUCUGCUGUUGACACACAUGUUGGGAAACAUUUGUUUGAAAAAUGCAUAAAAGGUUACCUCAAAGAAAAGACUUGUAUUCUUAUUACUCACCAGUUACAAUACCUAACUAAAGUUGAUCAAAUCAUAUUAAUGGAAAAUGCAAAAAUUUUAGCUGAAGGAUCGUAUAAAGAACUUCAAGUCUCUGGCUUAGACUUUACAAAACUUCUUGGGUCCUCUGUAGAAAUUGCUGUUGUAUCUGACAAUGAAUCUCUUAAUUAUACAAGUACUAGUAGUUUAAAUCCACAUUCUCUUUUAUCUCGACAAGUUUCUGUUCAGAGUGUGGCAUCAUCCAAUGAUGACCCUAAACAGUUCAGUGGUAUUCAAGAAGAACCAAUUGAAAUAGCUGAAACCCGUUCAUCUGGGAAUAUUUCACUUACUGUGUACUCAUCAUAUUUCUCUGCUGGUGGAAAUAUUUGUAAAAUAACAUUUUUACUGUUUAUGUGUGUUUUCACUCAAGUUUUGGCAUCUGGUGGAGAUUAUUGGAUAACAUUUUGGGUCAAUUUAGAAGAACAUGUUUUUCAUUAUGUAAAUAAUGUAGAUAAUAAUAUGUUAACAAAAAUGGAUAAUAGUACAUUUACAUCUACUGAUAAUAGUACUUCAACAACUGAUGAAGUAUCUAAUAUCUUAUUAGGGUGGACAAUUUCUAGGCAAACAUGUAUCAUAGUUUUUGCAGUUUUCACGUUUUCUAUGAUAUUAGCUACCCUUAUUAGAUCUGCUACAUUUGUAUCAGUUUGUAUGAAAGCAUCAAUGAAUUUACACAAUAAAAUGUUUAAUGCUAUAACGAGAGCUACCAUGUAUUUUUUUAAUACAAAUUCAUCUGGACGAAUUCUUAACCGAUUUUCUAAAGAUAUGGGUGCUAUUGAUGAGAUGUUACCAAUAGCUUUAAUGGACUGUAUACAAAUUGGACUGACAUUGUUGGGAAUAAUUAUUGUGGUUGGAAUUGUUAAUAUUUAUCUUAUGAUUCCAACAUUUAUUGUUGGAAUAAUAUUUUAUAAACUCAGAGUUUUCUAUUUGUCAACAUCCCGAAGUGUCAAACGGUUGGAAGGAGUUACAAGAAGUCCUGUAUUUGCUCAUUUGAAUGCAUCUCUCCAAGGUUUAACAACAAUAAGAGCAUUUGAAGCAGAACAAAUUUUAUCUAAAGAAUUUGACAAUCAUCAAGAUUUACACUCUUCGGCAUGGUAUUUGUUUAUUGCUUCAAGUAGAGCAUUUGGGUUUUGGUUAGAUGUUGUCUGUCUUAUCUAUAUAAGUAUUGUCACAUUUAGUUUUCUGAUUAUUGGCAAUAAUACUUAUGGAGGAAAUGUUGGUCUGGCUAUAACUCAAGCAAUUGGGUUAACUGGUAUGUUUCAAUGGGGAAUGAGACAAUCAGCGGAAUUAGAGAACCAAAUGACGUCUGUUGAAAGAGUACUAGAGUAUACAAAUACUCCUCAAGAAUCUGCUCUCGAAUCUCUUCCCAAUAAAAAACCACCAAAAGAAUGGCCUCAAAAAGGGCAGAUUGUUUUUAAAAACUUUUAUUUACGUUAUAGCCUAGACACACCACAUGUAUUAAAAAAUCUCAACAUUAAAAUUGAAUCAAUGGAAAAAGUAGGAAUCGUUGGUAGAACUGGUGCUGGAAAAUCAUCUUUAAUUGGAGCAUUAUUUAGAUUGGCUCUAAAUGAAGGUUCAAUUUAUGUUGAUGAUCUGGAUAUCAAUGAAUUAGGACUACACGAAUUACGUUCCAAAAUUUCCAUUAUACCACAGGAACCAGUUUUGUUUUCUGGUACAAUGCGAAAGAAUUUAGAUCCUUUCGAUGAAUAUCCAGACCAUGCUCUUUGGAAUGCUUUAGAUGAGGUUGAAUUAAAAGAUGUUAUUGAAGAUUUACCCGGUGGACUGAACUCAAAAAUGUCUGAGGGUGGAUCUAACUUCAGUGUUGGUCAAAGACAACUGGUGUGUUUGGCUAGAGCUAUAGUGCGAAAUAAUAAGAUUCUUGUGUUGGAUGAAGCUACUGCUAACGUUGAUCCACAGACUGAUGCAUUGAUUCAGAACACAAUUAGAAAUAAAUUUCGAAUGUGUACUGUUUUAACUAUUGCCCAUCGUUUGAAUACCGUUAUGGAUUCUGACAAAGUGCUUGUGAUGGACGCUGGUAAAAUGGUUGAAUUUGAUCAUCCUCAUAUCUUAUUGAAAAUCAAGGAUGGAUUUUUGUAUAAAAUGGUGGAACAAACCGGUAGGGAUACAGCAGAUUUCCUACAUAGUGUAGCUGCUGAGAGCUACAAUACUAUACAGAGAACUAAAGAAUCCCCUAUUAGAUUAAUUGAUGAAGAUGUUGAUGACUACUCAAACAAAAAUGACUAGUAUCUAUUUGAUUUAUAGGUUUAUUAAUUUUAUUCACAUGGUGCCUUCGUUUAAAAUUUAAUUUUGCUAAUUUAAAAUUCAUAAUUUUACAUUUAAUCUAAUUAAUUAUUUAUAGUUUUUAUAUCUAAAGCAGACCUUAUACAACUAAAAUAGU